AAAUUAGAAUACGCUGUUGCGUAGUUAUAGCGGUAGAAUAAUAACGUAUUUAACUGGGCUGUGAAUAGGAAAAACAUAAAUUAAUAAACCCAGUGUGUGAUCUAAAAACAAUAAUGUUAAUAUUCUGAAAUGGUUACGUUGAAAGUUUUUUUGUUAUUGUUCCUAACGUGUGCUGCAGAAGAUGUGGAUUACAAGGCUACGUGUACGAGAGCCGAAUACAGAGAUAUGGACAACAAGCUCAUAGACAAUGUAGAAGAAUAUUGCCGUAAUAAAUUGUGUGUUAUAAAGUGCUGUGGGGAUAACAUGCUGUUAAGUAACCGCGAAGUUUGUAUGACAGAACAAGCGCUUCAGAAGAGAAAUCCAAAAUACAGUAAACAGAUCAAAGAACAACACGAUUAUAAUAAAAUUAAAUUAUAUACUAGACAUGGACAUGGUGUAAAGGAAUCUACAAAAACGGCAAAAGAUAUAGUGUUUAUCACAAAACAAAAUUACACUCAGUGCUCCUAUGAUAUGAGACCGUACGCCGACUUUUAUAUACUAGAGGAUGGGUCGGGUAAAGCUCAAAAAAAACAUGAAUCAAAAGCUUGGUACGACCUUGGCAAACUGGAAUAUUGUGUGGAAUACAAGAUAUAUUAUCAUAACAGGACACAGUUCUUCAUCAUGAGAGAACCUUUUCAAGACCCAGACGGGGCUGAAACGAAAUCUAUGUAUGCGUUAGUAGGAUUCAAGAUAUCACUAUUUUUCCUCAUAUUGACGCUAUUGGUAUAUUGCCUGUUGCCCGACCUGCAGAACCUUAUAGGACUGAUAAUGAUGGCGUAUAUUACUACUCUCAUCUUCGUCUUCUUACUCAAGUGCAUUAUUAUCCUAACAAACUCAUAUCAAACACGACUUUUCUGCAAAAUCAUAUCUGCUAUGCUGUACUUUUGCGCUCUAUCUAGCUUCUUCUGGCUCAACGUGAUGGCAUUUGACGUUUAUGUGUCACUAAGCCGCCCCCGGAGCAGUCGUGGAAGUAGUAAAAAAGUUAAAUAUCGCAAGUUCGCAAUGUACGCAGUAUACGCUUUGGGAGCUCCACUGCUGGUAACAGCCAUAGUAACGGUACUGGAUAACAUUGACGUUUCUGAGCUUGCGAUUGACCCGACACCGCCCUUCGCAGACUGUAUGGCUAUAGGUGUUGCGGUUACUUAUUACUUCGCUGCACCGAUUGGAGUAUUAAUUUCAAUUAACAUCAUCUUAUUCCUAAUGACUGUCUAUAACAUUUGGAAGAUAUCAAGGGAAGUAACUAAUAACCCGAAUUCGAAGAAGAGUAAUCAAAAUAACAAGUUUUAUAUAUGCUUAAAAUUAUCUCUCAUCAUGGGAGUGACCUGGAUGCUGGAGUUAUUUGAAGGGAAAGGCAUAUUCAUUUUCAUCUUGCUGAAUACUUACAACUUAUUAACUGGCGCUUUAAUAUUCUUUUUAUUCGUGUUCAAGAAAAAGAUAUUUGUUAAGCUGUGUAUCAGGUUUAACAUAGACCAUGAGUGGGUCCGAACAUACGAGCCUUCCAUGCGAUCAAAGAGUGGAAUUACUAGAUCUACAAGAUUAUCAAAAUCCAAGAAAAACUCUCAAAUUAAGGAAACUGAAACUGUUUCUAUGAUGAAUGAGAAUAAUUGUACUGCAAAUGAGGAAACUUCUACCGUUUGAAACCAUGUUUCGGAUACACAGUUUCUGUAACAUCUCGCAAAUGCUACCAGGAUUAUGUUCCGGAAACUCUGCCGUCCACAUUUCAGAAUACCGUAACAACAUUAUUUGUUUCAGAUUAUGUUUCUGAAAAAGAGUUUAUAAACAAUUGUUGCUUAAUGAAUACGUGGCUUUAGCAAAACAUCGAUUCUUAUGUCAUCUCCAAAAGGGUUUGUCCAGCGUCAAGGUUUUACACAUGAUCAGACAAACAAAAGCAUGCUAACGUUUCACGUUAAAUACUUAUAAUAGUAAUAGUAGUUAGUAAGAACUCGUCCUUUUGAUUUUAUCUACGCUAAAAAUUAAAAAUAAUUUAUUUAUCAAAAAGGUUUACGGUGACCCUGAAACUAGGCUAUUUACUGUAGGUAUAAAACAUCAGGAACAUCUGUGUGUGUGUGUCUGUGUGUGUGUGUGUCUAUGUGUGUGUGUGUAGCUAUUUUCAGUAGUCCCUCUUCUGAGCGCUUGAAUAAUAGAUUCCAAUCGAUGUCAUGGAAUAUGAUCACAGUAUCGUACAGUAUCGUAGAUUACAGUAUUUUAGCGUUGUCAAGAUUUAAGACAUCAUUCAAGCACAGUAAGAACAAAGUUGGACCAAGGGUGCAGCCUCAUGGGAUCCCGAAAUUUAUCGGUAGAAGUGUGCUAGAGGGAUCUCCAAUCUUGCCAAACUAUCUCCUGUUAGAUAAAUAGCUCCUAAACCAGUGUAGUAGAGUGCCACGUAAGCCUAUUGCUUCUAGUUUAAUUAUGAAGGAGAUCAAUUGGCAUCAUGUCAAAGGCUUUGGAUAGGUCAAGAAAAACCUCUGCGGUGUUUUUUCCUCUUUCCAUAUUUGAUGCAAAAGUGUUUAUUUUGACUUUAUGUCAAUACAUUUGACCGCAGAAUUAGUACCGUUUUGGCACAGGACAUUGCUCCGCGAUAGGUUAUUUGUGUAUUUCCUCAAUCACUUCCUUGUUUUUACUUGAAUUUGCCAUCUAGGUUUGGUUCGGAUGGGAUCAGUGGCGGAUUAACCCUAUAAGCACAACAAGCACGUGCUUGGGGCCCCUGUUCUCCAGGGGCCUCCAUCCUCUGCUGGCGUUUCAUUUUAUACCUACAUUUUAUCGAGAUUCAUCCACAAUAUACCCGAAAUCACAAGGCGCGAGCAGUUCGGGAGUGACCCUUCAUACACCCCCGCCUCUAAACUUGAUUGGUCGCAGUGCUGUUGAUUGUUGUACGAUCGCAGUGAUUUUUUUUUAAAUUGUGCAGUUGUUAUACAAUUUUUUUUCGGCUUCUACUCAUCGUUGGGCAAAGAAUUAAUAGGCAACGAUAGCGUUCCGAAGUCGCUAUCGUACAGUCGUUGGGAAGCUCACGCUGUAACUACGAGUGCAAUAUAACAAACAUAUCCGAAAAUUUUGGAUGCUUUAGAUCAGUGGUCCUGGUGGUGGUGGGCUGGUGGUGCCUGGAGGCAUGCCAAGUGGUCCGCGGACCACCGGUUAAGUCCGCGGACGUUGUUAUCGAUCUUACGUUAUCCAUCUUACUUGUCCAACAGAAAGAAAUGAAGGUUUGAAAUGUAGCCCUUUUACGAAAUUUUAGCUCUGAGUCUUAAAACAUUAUCAAGAUUUCCCGCUCGCUUCGCUCGCGUUUUCAAAAACUAUAUGUCCUCGUUUUUACAUUUGUCAACAAAUUAAAAGUUAAGUACGUUUGGGCUACAUUGUACGUAAUUUUGGUUCUGAGUCUAUAAUAAAAAUAAUUGAAAUUUCGCGCUCGCUUCGCUCGCGUAUUCAGAAACUAUGUGCCUUCGUUUUUGCAUUUGUCAACAAACAAAAAAUUAAGUACGUUUGGGAUAAAUUUUACCUCCGUACGAGUCCGAAAAAAAAAUUCGCGCUCGCUUCGCUCGCGCAUUUAAAACUACAUGUGCAUCACGCUCGCUUCGCUCGGUCAAUUUCUUCAACCUUCUAUUUCCAUUUAAGUAAUAGGGGGUCUACACAGGCUCUGUGCUUAGGGCCUCGGAUACUCUUAAUCCGCCACUGGAUGGGAUAUUCAUAUUCAUAUUAUUUAUUUGCAUUCCUGGACCCUGUAGGGCACAGCAAAAUAAAAUAAAACUUACAACUAACAUUAUUAUUAUUAAAUCUAUGGAAAAAAUAUAUAUAUAUGAAAAUCCAACAAUUGAUUUAUAUUCUUAUAGGAACAAGCGUGAGACUAGACAAUAAGCUAUAUACUUAGGUACAAUUAAUAACAUGUAUUUGCUAAUAAUAUAAAAGAAAAAAUACUGUAAGGUCGAAAAGUGUGAUGUGUUGUUAUGUGGCGUGUUGUGUGUAGACAAUAUCUUUAUCAUUCAAGUAUUCGGUUAUCGAGUAGGCUUUGUUGAUGAAGAUGUUUUUGAGUGCGCGUAUGAAUUUAGUUUCGCUAGUUUCAUUUUUUAAAGAAUCUGGUAAUUUGAUGUAUAUUUUGAUAGACAUUACAUAAGGGGGCUAUUGGUGGAUAUUGGUUUAUUUGUUGUGUCAUGGCAAAAAGGCACCCCUUUAGGUGCUCCAACCAAAGCACCGUACCACGUCGCGUAGCGGAGGGCAGACUUUUCCCCUUGCACGUGUUGUAUUAGACAGCAGUGGGACGAUAAAAAGGCUGUACCUAACAGUAACAGUAGGUAACAGUGUUGUACGAGGCGUGAAUUCUAUAUAAAUUGUCAUACUUGCAUACAAAAGUAAAAUCUGUAAAAAAAAUAUUGAAAUUACCACCGAAACUUCAACAUACAUAACCCAUCGAGUUUUGUUAAUUAGUAACCUAAUUUCCCGGGAGAUGUCGCUGUAAAUUGGGAUUUUUUCGAAGUUCGAGAUACUGACCCUAGGCUCAGCGUGGCCCGACACGGCCUUGGCUGGUUUUUAUUUGAUGGAGGAUGUAUUCUGGCUCUUAUGUGUGCUCAGAUAGGUAAAAUUAGAUACAACGAAGUACCUGUACCUACUCUACUCAUCAUAUCAUUCGCACUAAAAAUAUAAGAAGGUAUAAAGGUUACUACAGCGUCGGCAGCCUAGUCGGCAACCGGCGAGGUACCUACUCCCUAUUAUUAAAUAUAAUAAUUACCUUCACCUACUGUUUAAUUCGGUUUAUUAUAAUUUAUUAUAGGUAUAUUUUAUUGAAGUAAAUUAUACGAAAUAUUGUU